UACAUCACAGUCAAGUCCCUCCCCCUGCCGAUACGCAUCGUUGUUGACUGAUAUCAAAGAUGGCGACUGGAACCGCGUAAAUUGGUGAUUCCGGAGAGUGACACAGAGAGACGGGCAAGCCUGUUGAGGAGAAAAGAGAGAUCAUGGCUUUUGAGGAGAUCAAGAAGAAAGGAGUAGUUGAGGUAGGGAUGGAAGGGGAAGUGGGCCUUGUGGCUGGUCGCAGUCAGAGAGAGAAGAGGAGAUCAUACAAGGAUCUGCUCAGAGAGGAGGAGGAGAUUGCUGCACAGGUCCGCAAGUCCUCCAAGAAACGGCCCAAGGACUCAGAACCUUUCUUAUUGGGAGGGGACUCCCACAAGAAGAAGAAAAAGCACAGUGAAGACUACUAUUACAGAGACCAGCAAGGCUCAGGCCCACCUCUCCACAAGAAGAAGCGAAAGUCGUCGGACCACUCCCCUUCCCUGUCCUCCUCGUCUUCCUCCCAUCCCACAGACACAGCCAUGGGGCUCCUACAGGCCAUCACCUCCCCUAUGGCCACCGGCUCAGACCCGAGCCCACACCUGCACAAGAAGCCCUCCUAUCCCUCCUUCUCUUCCUCCCACUCCUCCAAAGACCGCAAACGUGAUGGGAGCACCGGAGGAAGCAAAGGCAGCCACUCCUCUCAUUCCCGCCCUAUGUCCUCAUCCUCCUCUUCCAAAAAGCACUCCUCCUCCAAGUCGUCGUCUCUGUUCCAUGGUGGUACCGGUACCCCUAAAGGAGAUCUCCUGAACAUACGUGAGCCGGAUGGGCUGAGGAUGAAGCUCAUGGUCUCGCCUAAGGAGAAGGCCGAAGGAGAGGGCUUUCCCUUCCCUCCCCACUCCUCCUCAUCCUCAAAGGGGGAUAAAAAGGAGAAGGACAGAGAACGGAAGCAGCUCUCUAAAGUCCCCAAGAAGAUGCAGCAGAGCCGAGAUCCACUGCCUGUUGUGGGGAAGGAAGUGGAGGUGGAGGGGCACUACGGUGGGGGUAUGGGGGGAGACAGCUCCUCCUCGGGGGGCGAACUGGAGGCAGGAGAGCUGGUGAUAGACGACUCGUACAAGCAUCUGUCAAAGAAAAAGAAGAAGAGCAAGAAAAGCAAGAAGAAAAAGGAGAAAGAGAAGGACAGGGAGAAAGACAAAGGCGGGAGAGAGAAGAAGCACAGCAAAGGAUCAGGAGGGGACCCAUCGAGAGGCCACACCCACACCCAUGGCUCAGCCAAUCACUCUGCAGCUGGUGGAAUGUAUGCCAUGGGGGCCCCCAUCCCUACUCCCAUCCUUACUCACCAUCAUCAAAGUAAUGAAGUAGCAAUGAUGGAGAAGAAGAAAAAGAAGGAGGAGAGGGAAAGGGAAAAGCACGAGAAGGAGAAAGAUAAGCCCAAGAAGAAGAACACAACAGCGUACCAGGUGUUCUGUAAAGAGUACAGGGUCAACAUCAAUGCAGAGCAGCCGGGACUAGAAAGGCUUUACUGUGUUUGCAGUGUUGGGGAGCUGAGCAAAAGGUUGGCAGAGGUGUGGAAACAGCUCCCAGAAAAAGAUAAACUGGUGUGGAAGCAGAAAGCUCAGUACCUGCAGCACAAGCAGAACAAAGCUGAGGCCACCACAGUCAAACGCAAGAGCUCCACAGAUGGAGUCAAAAGCAAAGGCUCUAUGAAGGGCAUGGGGCUGGGAGCAGGGCUGGUGUCCCCCAACCGGGCGUCUGUGGGUGUGUCCCUGUCACCAGCACGGGUCCCUGAUGUCGACCCCAUCGAUGCGGCCGCCCACCUGCAGUUACUGGGAGAGUCCCUGUCCCUCAUCGGCCACCGAUUACAGGAGACAGAGGGGAUGGUGGCGGUGUCAGGCAGUCUCUCUGUACUGCUGGACUCCAUCUUGUGUGCCCUGGGACCCCUGACCUGCCUCACAGCACAGAUCCCCCAGCUCAACGGAUGUCCCCGCCAAGUCUUGUCCAACACCUUGGACAACAUUGCCUACAUCAUGCCAGGGCUGUGAAGCCAACAGAAACAUUCCUUUCCCGUCUACUGAGUGUCCUCGCCAUGAAGUAAAACAUUUGGAGUGAGAGUGCCCAUCAUAGAAGCGUGGCUUGUGGCUUGGGAUGCAGACAAUUAUUUAUGCAGCAAGGCAUUGGAAAACAUGGAUAUUAAUACUUUCAACAUGUUUUUAAAAUGUAUUUUAAAAUU